AUGGCUUCUUGGAAUUCAGUACCCCUCCAUGUUUGUUACGAAGUUGUGGGUUGGCUUGUUUUUACUUUGUGGUCUACCAGCUUCUACCCGCAAGUCAUAUUAAAUCAUCGCAGGAAAAGUGUGGUGGGAUUAAAUUUUGAUUUUGAGGCAUUGAAUCUGACCAAGCACACCUGCUAUCUAAUAUACAAUGCAUCUUUGUACUUCAGCUCUACUAUUCAAAAGCAGUAUAAAGAUAAAUAUGGUCAUAAUGAGAUGAUACCCGUAGCAGCAAAUGAUGUUGCUUUCUCAUCCCAUGCUGUCCUACUCACAAUUUUUACCAUAUUCCAGAUGGCAAUCUAUGAUCGUGGAAAUCAGAAGGUGUCAAACAUAGCUUGUGGGCUUCUGUUUGUUGCUUGGUCAGUUGCUGCAAUAUGCUUCUUCAUUGCUUUGUCUAAUCAUAAUUGGCUCUGGCUUCUCUCAAUAUUAAGUGGCAUUCAAGUUUGUGUGACGGUUAUAAAAUAUCUGCCCCAGGCUGUGACGAACUACAAGAGAAAGAGCACAGAAGGGUGGAGCAUUGGAAAUAUUUUGCUGGACUUUUCUGGAAGCAUAGGAAACUAUGCUCAAAUGGUUGUACAAUCCAUAGAUCAAGGUUCUUGGGUAAAUUUCUCAGGAAAUAUAGGAAAACUAAUGAUUUCUCUGGUUUCUGUAUUCUACAACAUUUUGUUCAUAAUCCAACAUUAUAUAUUAUAUCAACGAAAAAUAGUCUCAAACUCAGAAACCCCGCCUGAAGUUGAGAUCGACAGGUCUUCUGAUAUACCAGCGAUGAAGAUUGUGGAGGAUUUAGCGUAG